GUCCGCUCCCACAGCUCUCUCUCUCACACACACAGGGGGAGGCUCAGACCGACACACGGGGAGUGAGCGCCUUAUCACGUGGUGGCAGCGUCUGAAAGCGCUUCCCCGGAGUGAGUGCAGAGGGACCGGGUGGCUGACCGGCUGGAAACCAUGAGCUUCACCGAGAACAGAGGGAGUACCAUGAGAUCGUCCCGGCCCGGCCCAACCCUGGCCACUAGGAUCCUGUCUGGUGCCUCCACGGGCAGGAGAUCUGGCAAAGUAACGGCCGGGUUCCGGCCACCGCUGAAGGAUGCUAGGAACGUGUUGCAAAGUAGCUCACGUAAGGUGUCGUCCACACCCGGGAAGCAGGUGGCAAACGGUUGUGCCUUGAAAUCGGUCAGGAACCCAGCAGCAAAACUCCCCGGUGUGUGUGCCGCCAAGACUCGGCGAUUCAGCACCAGCUCCAUCGCCAGGAAUUCAGUCAGAAUUGAUGAUGGUAGGAGGGAGAGGAAACGAUCAUUGCUCUUGUGCUCAGCAGAGAGCCCACUGAACGCAACGUACAACCUGUCAGCUUCUGACACUGACGCCAUGGGAGCUCAGCGAGAGGCGGGAGUGGAAGGCAAGGAGGUGAAUGGCGUACCGCACGGCUUACCAGACAUUCUGAGACCCGCCAGUGGUGUUGUCCACAGAGAUACACAGAAACCAUCAGCCCCUGUGCCAUCCCCCAUCACCGUGGCUGUCACUGACCCCAAGGACCCAGCGUCCUUGUUGACCUGUGCUGUUGCCGCAGAGUGUCUGAGUAUUGCAGUGGAACUGAGCAGCAGGUGUAAGCUGCCUCUUGCUGAUCCGUUUGGUCCGGUAAUGCCAAGCUCCGAUGUUUCCGUCAUUAUCGAUGAACCCGUUCCGUCUGACUGCUCAAUGGCUUCCUUGUCUGAGACCUUGCCAGUAGACAUGUCUCUACAGUAUGCCUGCGCUCCGAGUUUGGACGAGGGCUUGAAAAUGCCAGCUUUGAAUCUUCAAUAUCCUUGGUUAACUUCCACAAAAGCUGGAGAUCAGACUGGAGAGCACAGUCAUUUUGGGAAUGGAAAUAUCACUGUGAAUCUGGACUCUGUGUCUUUCGGCAGAUCCUUUUCCUGUUCUGACAACCUGAUCCACCUGAAUGAUAGUUUCUUCAAUAAAACCUUUGACAUGGCACCGGAGGCGAUCAGUGACCUGAGCAAAAUGAAACUCGUUCAGGUGAGUAAAGGCACGACAUUGAGCCACCGUGAAGAGAUUGCAACUGAUGCCGCCAAAGGUGGAGGUAGCUCUGGUGAUGUCUUCAGGAUUACUCCUGUGCCACAUUGCAAACCUCCUCCAUCCGCAGAAGAUCUGACUGAAUGUAAUGAAACCCAAACCGUGCCAAGUGAUGACAUAAAUAAGACCUUUGAUGCACACAAACAGUCUGGAGAUAACCUGAACAAGUUCACCACUCUGUCUUUCUGUCCACUGGACCUCAUUCAAUUGAAUAAAAUAAUUGUGUUGAAUGACCCUGAAGAUGUCUCAGAACAUGAAGAUAAUGCUAGAAAUGACUCGAAUGUAGCCAUUUUGAGCAACUCCAAAUGCCCAUCUGUGGAAGACUUAACCGUGUGUAACGAAGCUCCACUGGGUGAUUGUGUAGGCAAAUUGUUGGAGACACUCGAGAAGGCAGACCGAUCUCGAGAUGACCUCACCAGGACGAGCACUGUGUCAGCCUAUGCUUCAGGACAUGAAGAUAAUGCUGGAAGUCUCAGUGAAGAUUUGUCAAGCUACAAGUCUCCAUCCACAGAUACCCUGAUGGUGUCUAAUGGAAUCCCAUUGAAUGAUCUCAUUGAUAAAACAUUUGAGGCAGUCAGACAAGAAGACCAGGCCUCCGAUGACCUCAACAAGACCACCAUUCUGUCUGCCUGCCUUGCGGACUUGAUGGAGGUGAAUGAAGGCGUGGCACUGAGUGACAGUAAAGAGAUGGCAGCUCAUUGCCCAGAAGAUAAAUAUGAUCCUGAGACAACCAAGUGCGAGUCGUCUCCAACUGUAGAGUCGCUGGUGUGUCAUGGAACCGUAUUGCGUGAUCAGAGAGAUGAGAUCUUUCCUGCAUCUCAUCAAGGCUAUGGAGAUGACCUGACCAAGACCAUCACGUUAUCCUGCCCAGGAGAUCACGUUGAGGGAAAUAAAAGCCGAACCUUGAGUGACCCUAAAGGCGCCUCAAGAAGCGAAGAUCACCUUAGAGACAACUUGAAGACUGUCAACUUGUCAAUCUGUGAGUCUCUGUUUGUAGACGGCUUGAUGGUGUGUAAGGAAACCGCACUGAGGGAUCACAUUAAUAAAACCUUUGAGGCAGCCAGACAAGAAGACCAGGCUGGAGAUGACCUCAACAAGACCACCAUUCUAUCUGCCUGCCCUGAAGACCUCCUAGAGGGAAAUGGAAGUGUGACGGUGGAGGAUCCUAAACGUGUGUCUGAUUCUAAACGUGUGUCUAAGUGUGAAGAACAUUCUGGAAUUAACUUCCAAACCACAAACGUGUCCAUUUGUGAGCAUCGCUCUCCAAACCCCAUGACGGUGUGUACUGGAGAUGACCUGAACAACACCAGCACUGUGCUGUCCUGCCCCAGGGACAUCCUGCAGAUAAACCAAGGCCUGGCCCUGAGUGAUGAUGAAAAUGAUAAAGAACUUGCUGCUUGUUCUGCUAGCUGCCUGGAGACUGACAUUAACAAGCCCUUUCCAUCCAUUGACCUGAUGGUGUGCAACAAAACGGUGCCGAGUGACCUUGUUGACACGACUGAUGUGUCCAGGACAGGCCAGGCUGAGGGGGAACUUGGCACUUUGCCCCAUUGCAAAUCCCCUUCAAGUGACUUGGUCCAGCCGAGGGGAUCCAGCCCACAGAUGCUCAAUAAAGGGGCUACAAAUAGCCCCAGAUGUGAAGACCUUUCUGCGGAUGGUGGAACGGAAGUAAUGGACAAAAGCCAUGGUCCAAAUAAAAGCUCAAACUUUCUCAACCUGAUGACCCUCAAUCUGACAAAGGAUAUUGUCUCUGAAUGUCCCAAAAACGGGCCAGGUGGGUUAACCACUUCGGAACCAAAGGCUUGGUGCGCAGGUGACUUGAGCUGUUUGGUCGAUCAGCUUUCAGAGCUGAGCACUAAGGUGGAGAGCGUUUGUGUGAAAGAUUUACACAAUGAGGAACUGAAUUGCUUUGAGAAGGGGAAAACGUUUCACGACCAUACCGUGACUUCAGAAUGGAUCCCCUGCUUUAUGUCUACCCCACUACCUGUUGCAGUGAAGGGAAAUUUCACACAAGCUGAGCGGGUGGAUUGUACCUUCCACUUUUCCCCCUCCUCCCUCCACCAGUGCCCCGAUGACCGAAUGAAAACCAAAGAUGAGCUGAGAAAGACUAGCACUUUAGUGACUGAAAGUACAAGUUGUGGCGAAGGUGGACCUCUGGUUGCGAGUCGCAAAGCCCUGCCGAAGCCGAGCGGGAGAUGGCACAAAGCAGUAGCUGCCAGCACCUUGAUUGAACCUGCACAUCCUGGAGCCAGAAGGAAAAACCUAAUGCCAACUGCCAUCUCCACCGGCGCUCAGCGAGGACUGGGAAAGACUCUAGUGCUUCCCGCUUGGAAGCUGGGCACAGCAUCCAUGGGAGGAGAGAGGGCCUUGCUUGGUGUCCCAAAGCCAUGCCUGCUCUCUGGGAAGCGGAGUUCAGCUGUAGUCGGAAACGGGAGGGAAGCUGCCAACAGCAGGACUUCUACAUCUCACCGCCUCUCUGUAAGCUCGGAGGUGUUGUCCUCUGGAGUGAGACCUCUCGCAGCUAUGUCCAGCCAGCCACGCAGUAAGAUUCCGGGAAUGAAGAUACAAGUUUUACAAAGACUGAAAUUAUCCGAGGCCCCGGCAACCAGCCAGUGCAAGCCAGCUGGCUCCUCACAUGCGGGACACCAUGUUUCGAGCGCCGAUGACCACAAACCUCAGCUCCUGCCCCCAAGGAGUGCGAUGCUGGAGCUCAAACGCCCAGGGUGUAUGCUGGAGCCUCGAAGGAGACCAAUCACCUCCCCCAAGAGAUCGAAGCUGGCGGGAGAAGUGAAAGCAAUUGAGACCAAACCAGUCUCACUGUUGAUAUCUGGGCAGAAGGCCAAAACACAGGGAGCCUGUUUUCCAGGAGGCUCUUCAGAACUGAACGUUGAUCAGAAUAAAAACCUGGAGAACGUCAAACCCGAAGAACUUGGCCCAAGAACGUCUGGCCCUGUCCAGCAUCUGAUGCAGGAAAAUGCGGCCCUGAAGCAGGAGAACGCUGCCCUCCGCCAGCAGCAGACACAGUGCUGCACACACCUGGAGACCAUCGCAGCCCUGUGCUCCCGGAUAGCAGCUCUCGAGGGGGAGAUAGCCUCCCCCUAGCCCCCCAGGCUAAGAACCACUCCCUCACUGGCUCUCCUCGCCCCACAUUCCCUAUAUUGUCCAGACGAGAGUUUGAUCCUGUUCCCGCAUCGCUCAGCCCUCACCGUGUCAGAACCCGCUAUUUAUGGUCUUGUCUGUCUAUUUUAUUUAAAGUUCUAUUUAAAAAGCUGCUAACUGGUAUUAAUCUCUGAAUGGCUCUCGCGUGUACUGCGUUGAGGCGUGUGUGUCUGUGUGUGUGAUUGUUUUUAGGGGAGGGAAAUUGUCUGUUUAUAAUCUUCCUCUGUGUCAGAAAGUGCUUCAGGCUGCUGAACUUUUAUCUAACGGUACUGAGUGCAGAUUUACCACCGACGCGAUUUUACUCUGAUUAAGCUCCGCUGAUGUUCUCGUGUGCGUGCUUUUAUAAGAUUUCUGAAUAAAGUCUUUUUAAUAUUC